AUUUUAUCGGUGAAGUGUGAACAUUGUCGUAAUAUCACUUACGGUGAGUUUAGGUGUUGUUACGUGUUGUGGAAAGUUGGCCAAUUUCUUAGUGUUCAUUUGACUAUAGUAUUGUAUUGGCGGGAAGUUUAACAUUUGCAGUUUAUCCCAAAAUGCAAAAUGAAAAAGCAUUUCUUAAAAUAAGAUCGUCUCCACUGAGUGAAGAAGCUAAAGAAGCUCAAGCAGCAUUGAGGGCUCAAAUACAAAAUGAAUUGCAAAAUAAGAAGCAGUGCAACUAUCAACCUCAUGAAUGCACUCAAUUGAGUUUGAAUGGAUAUGAUUACUGUUUUCGUCAUAUUCUGCAGGAUAAGUGCGCACCUUUUAAACAGUGUGCUUAUGUGUACCCUGUUACAUCAAAAAGAUGUUACAUGCCAGCACCAAAAACAGAUAAAAAAGAACCAAUUUACUGCAAUGAACAUGCAUUGAGAAAUCAUUUACAUAAAGCAAAACGAAAUGCACGAUAUCCUCCACCAAAGAGCACAGAAAAUUUGUUGUAUUCAUUAUCGCACCAUCUUAAGAAAUCUCGAACACGUUCUACUUCUUCCUGCACACAAUAUUCAGAUGAAGGGCGCAGCACGCCUGACGAGGGUGAAGCUAAAGUAACCAAAAGUGUUGAUCCAUUUAUUGACAUAGACGCUGCUGCAAUAACUUCAUCAAGUAGUACUAUAUUAGAUGUCUGUAGUGAAUCUGAAAGCGACGUAGAGGCUGCAACGUAUUCUUCAGUAUGGCAUGAUUCACAUGCUGAAAGUUCAGACGAAGAGAGCGUAGAUUCUGAGCAAGAAGAUGUUUUGAAACAUGCAAAUGUUUACACUGCAGAAGAAAUUACUUCCAUUACUAGAGAUAAAUUGAUUCGUUUACAAGCAUUGUAUAUUGAUCAAUUUCGUCAUUUGAAUUAUCUUUUGCGAGAGCGGAGGCGCAAAUACUUGCACUCAUUGAAACGCGAAAAAGAAAGUUUUUGUAGUAUUAAUGACCAAGUUCGGGACAACCCUAAGGAACUUCGUUUAUAUAAGAAACUGAAAGCAUAUAAUAAUUAUCACAGAUUGCAUGGUGUUGAAGCUGUUUGCAGGAAAAAGGAAUUAGAACAAAGGUUGCAGAAAACCGAGGGCAUUCAUCAUAGACCUCCAGCUUACAUCAAAUGUUCUUUUACUGAAGGAGGGGUGCGUUGUAAGGAACGAGCUUUACCAGUUGCAAGACACUGCAGAAAACAUAUAUUACAGGAUUCUAAUCAAGUAUUGUUUAGGGCUUGUGGUAAAGUAAAUGGAGAUAUUGCAUGUAGUACUCCUAUUGAGGCAAUCUUUGAUGGAAGUACUUGUAAUUUGCACAUGGAUAUUCCACCUUUAAGAUCGUAUGCUCAAAUAAGAAAGGAUUCGGAAUCAGAUUUCGACGAUGUAGAGGAAUCAAAACAACAUUCAGCAUGUUCAUCAUUAACUGAAAAACCAGUUAAUUUCGAAAAAGAUGAAAAAUAUCUUUCUUCUAUAAAAGAAGAGGAUUCUAGGACUUUUUUAGUUACUGAUAUUCCUGCUGUUCAAAUGGAAAAGCAAAUUAAAAUGGAACGUAAUACUUCUGAAAAUUCAACAAAAGAAAGAGAGGAUAUGACUUUUGACGCCUCGUUUGAUAGUAAUAGUAACUCUUUAAAAAAAGAAGAUGUAAUAGAAUAAGGAAAAUUCGUUAAUAUAAGUUUAUUCCUCUUCUUUCUAAUUAGUAUUUUCAGUUUCAUAAAUUUAACAGUAUUAGUUGAUAACAUUACCAUUUUUUGUAUAUGAUUUUCCUAUUAAAAUUGCAUUUAAAGAUUAAA